AUGGACCGUCGUUGGAUGUAUAGUGGUUCUCGAACCACACCUGAAUACUUAGCCGGGGUCAAAGAGUUCUGUAGAAUCGCAGUGCAACACCAAUGGAGUACACUUGUUGAACAAAGGCUAACCAAAGCAAGACCUAUUUUCUGCUCUUGUCGUGAUUGUAACAAUGUGAAGAGGUGGAAAGACAUUAAGAAAAUAGAGGACCAUUUGAUUAUUCGUGGGUUUAUGCCAAACUACAGUAUUUGGUAUUGGCAUGGCGAAAAAUUUCCUCCCGCGGAUAAUUCUUCUAUUAACGACAAUGAAGCUGAUGAGAGAGAGCCGAAUGGUUUUGACGAUAAUGAAGUGGGUUUUAAUGAUGAUGUUGAGGAAGACAGGAUAGAAGAGAUGAUAGACGGAUUAGGCGAUCAUGUUAAUGAAGAUUCUCAUAUAUAUGAGAAUGUGUCGAAAGCAGUUGAGACACCGUUGUAUCCUGGUUGUUCUAAGUAUUCCAAGCUUUCUGGGAUUUUAACUUUAUAUAACUUGAAAGCGAAGAGCGGGUGGACCAACACUAGUUUCACUUUGUUGUUGGAAACUCUCUCUGAUAUGUUUCCAGAAGGAAAUGACAUUCUUAAGUCGACUUACUAUGCAAAGAAGUUGAUGUGUCCAUUGGGUUUAGAGUACACCAAGAUCCAUGCAUGUCCUAAUGAUUGUGUGCUAUAUCGAAAGGAGAAUGCAAAAUUGGAUGCUUGCCCAAAGUGUGGUGUGUCACGAUACAAGCGAGAGGGCUUAAAUAAGGAUCCCUUGAAGUGGCCACCAGCUAAGGUAGUAUGGUAUCUUCCUAUAAUACCAAGGUUGAAGCGCCUGUUCUCAAUUAAGGAUGAAGCAAAGAAGUUGGUUUGGCAUGAAAAUGAGAGGAAGAAGGAUGGGUUGAUCAGACACCCAGCUGAUUCGUUGCAAUGGAAACACAUUGACAAGACAUUUCUAGAAUUCGAGAAGGAGCCGAGGAACAUAAGACUGGCAUUAAGUACGGAUGGGAUGAAUCCAUUUAGCACCCUUAGUAGUCAACAUAGUACAUGGCCUGUUCUUCUGUCAAUAUACAAUAUACCUCCUUGGUUGUGCAUGAAGCGCAAGUACAUCAUGUUAUCACUUCUAAUCCCAUGUCCUAAACAACCUGGCCAUGAGAUAGAUGUUUAUUUGGAGCCCCUUAUUGACGAUUUGAAAUUGUUGUGGGAUGAAGGUGUUGUGACAUUUGAUGCUCUUUCGGGUACAAAUUUCAGAUUAAGAGCCAUGGUGUUUUGUACUAUUAUUGACUUUCCUGCAUAUGGAAAUUUGUCAAGGUACAAAGUCAGAGGACAAAAACCAUGCCCUAUUUGUGAGGAUGACAUGCAAAUUACACGCUUGAAGCAUUGGGGGAAGAAUGUGUACAUGCAUACCAGACGAUCACUUCGUCGAAAUCACCCAUACAGGAAGAUGAGACAACAAUUCGACGGGCAUGUUGAGAGGGGAGUGAGUCGUGAGCCAUUGACAGGAAUCGAAGUGUAUGAGAAAAUUAAAAAUGUUAAGACAAUCUUCGGUAAGAUGCACAGAGAGAUAUCGAAGAAGGGUGUGUUGUGGAAAAAAGUGUCUAAGUCGUGGGAUCUGCCUUAUUGGAAGCACUUGUCGGUUCGACAUUGUCUUGAUGUUAUGCAUAUUGAAAAAAAUGUUUGUGAGGCACUAAUUGGGACUUUUUUGAAUAUCAAAUGA